AGAAAUUACCACACAAAGGCCGAUUCAGACGACGGAUAGCUCAACUACAGCUGACAUUACGACGAUCACAACACAGACAACGGAUGUAACAGAUUUCAUAACGCAUGACGCAACUUCAAAGACUACAACUCGCAGUGAACCAACUUCUACUAUGUCACCUACUGUAAACGAUGGCACAAACACAGGAGAAUCGAAGGAUCCCGAUGUACUCAUUAUCGCACUGAGUGUCAGCAUCGUAAUGGCCUUUUUCAUCAUCGGAUUCCUGGUUGGUGUGGUGGUUUACCGAAGUCAGAAGCAAACGGGGACUUUGUCACACGCCGUCUCUCCGGCGUGCUCCCAAAACGGACUAAUCCAAGAGAAUGGACCAAACGCUGAUCGGUACCAAGAAGGAUUGGAUUUCCCGAGAAGCAACGGUUCUCUUCCUCCACCACUUCCUCCAGACCGACCCGAUCCCCCACCUAGCUACUACGACACGAUAGACGACGGGGCAUGUAGGGGAAGCUAUAUAGAAUUGGACCCGUCCUCAAUGGGUGGUGGUGGUGAAUAUGUAAAACUCAAUGAAAAACUAAACAGUCCAGCAUACGCCACAGAGAUUUUCCGUGUCUCCCCCGCUGGGAAUCGGGUACGUCACAAUAAUUUUGCAGUUGAAUAAACAUAUUUUUUUCCAAAAUGAUAUUUGAGAGUGAACGGAAAGGGCACAAGUAACAUGAAUUUAAGAGGAAAUUAUCAGAUAAUUGUGAGAGGAAUAGGAGCUCUUUCAA